AUGGUGGGCAUCGAAGGCGUGGCUUUCCCAGCUGGCGGGCUCUCGCUCGAGAACAAAGGAAGCGACGCCCUCUACUGGCAGGACCCAAUGGACCCAGAGGACGAUGUAGGAUCGGCGGAUCUCUUUGACCAAUUUGUGGUCCUCGACGACGCUGACUCGACCGCGGGAGAGGGCUUCGGCCAGUUAUACGGAGCUACUGACAUGCCCAUCUCGCCACACGCUCUUGCAGCCGACGCAGUGCCGCCUACUCUACCCACCAGCGGCAGCAGCUCGAGCUUACACACCGCCUCCACUGCCAAGUUCCCCCCGCAACAGCAGUAUUGGCACGGUCGAGGCGCGCCGCCCAUGACAGACCUGACAGACCUGACAGACCACCCCGCCGGAAAUCGAGGACAAAGAGACGAUGGCCUAUUUGCCCGCCAUGAGGCACCUAGCGGUGGCUCUAUUUCCGACUCGGAGCUGCUCAAGCUCGAGGGGCUAACGAUGCGUUCUCCUCGCGUCCAAGUGCCCCCAGCGUCUGCCUCUGUGCCCGCGUCGCCUCCUACCUGGUCGACGAGCCCCCGCAAGGCCAACCGUCUGGAAACUCUGUAUACUCGAAUUCGUGACAACUUCCACGGCAAGCCAAGACCGCAGCAACAGCAACAGCAGCCACUGGCACAGCCCCUUGUGCUUGUUCCGGCCCCAGCCAUGUCGACCAUCAAGAUGGAGUCGGCUGGCAUGGGGAGCCGGCCGCGACCGUUUAACCUCCAACUUUCCAAGUCACACAUGCCCCUGUCUCGGCCGGUCACCGGGCCCCUCUCGGACACGUCGCAGCAGCCGCUGGGCACAAGCAGCAGCAGCAGCAGCAACAGCAUGGGCUAUAUCAACAACUACCUCGACAACCCCUUCUUCGAGACCUCUGGGCUCCCGUUUGCAAAUACUACCGGCAUUGACCCCCACUCGAUGCCCAUACAACCACCCCAGGGCAUCAGUAGAGCCGCCAUCCCCAGCACGUCGCUGCAGACGCCUCAUCUCGCCAACUUCCCGCCAGCCAACAACACUGCUCAGUCGGCCACCUGGCAGUUUGACGCUUCUGCCGACAACAACCCCGACGCCGGCAAGAUGGGCUGGCCGUCGUCGUCAGCGGCGGUGUCGUCGUCGCCGUCAUUUGUCACGCCCGGCGGCCAGGACACCAACGGCUGGUGGGACGCGGGCGAUGCCAUGGACACGGACGCCGUGUCUUACCAGACAGCCGAGAGCCGGCAGGCCGCCUUCAACCUGGCCCUGCAGGGGUUCCAGUUCGCCCAGCUGCCGAUGCACAUGCCGCAGCCGAGGAGCCCGACGGGGCCUGCCGUGCUGCACCGCAACCACGGCGAGCUUCCUUCAGCUGCUCCGCACCAGUUCCACCUCGACGACAUCAACGGCCACCACCAACACCACCACCCGCACCACGCCGGCAACGCCUUCCGGCGCACCCGCUCCGAGCAGCAGCUUUACCACCCCCCACCGCCGCCAUCACAGCAGCAGCGGCGUCCCAAGCCCAAGGCGCCGUCGUCGGGCGCCCGCCACCAACCCCGGGCGCACCAGCGCAACGCCUCGGGCAGCGGCAGCGGCGCCAUGACCAGCCCGCGCAAAGCGCGCACGGCCAGCGGUGGCUCCACGUCGUCGCCCAGCCCGACCCCCGGGCGGCUCCAGCGGCGCAGCGCGUCGAUGCAGAUGCUGCGGAGCACGCCGGCGGCCGGGAGCGCGCUCGAUGGUGGCCCAAGCAACCCCACCGCCGUGCGCAAGCGGCGGUCGUGGACGGGCCGCCGCGGUAAUGUUAAUGGCAAUGCCAACGCCGCCGCCGAACUGAAUUUCGAUGCGAUAGACAGCCCGCACUACACGCGCCACCACGCGCGCAAGCCGUCGUCGUCGGCCGCCACGGGCAGUAGCCGCCGCGGCAGCGCCAACAGCAGCGCCAGCCACCACCACAACCGACAAGCCAGCGACGGCGGCGGCGGCGGCGGUGGCGGUGGUGGCGGUGGAGGAAAUAGCGCGUUCGUCAACUACACGCCCAGCGACCACAACCUGCUCAUGACUGGCGUCGCGCCCAGCGGCAGCAGCAAGACGAAGGCCCGCCGCGACCGCGAGGCCCAGGAGAAGCAGCGCAAGCUGCGCGAGACUAUACAAAAGGCCAUUGCCGCGGCCGGCGGCGACGCGCGCAAGCUGGAGGAGGACGGGAUUCUGCUGAAUGUUUGA